CUGUCUUCUUAUUUUCUUUCUCACCUUCACGCAGUCUCUACAUACCUUCUUCCCUUCAUUUCUCUCCACAUAUCGCCAAAAUGGGUUCGACUUCGACCGUCGCAGACACCCGCUUCAAGCUGAACACCGGGGCUGAGAUCCCUGCUCUCGGACUCGGAACCUGGCAGUCAGGUCCUGGAGAGGUCGAAAAGGCCGUGGCCCAUGCCAUCUCCGUUGGAUACAGACACAUUGAUACCGCUUUCGCCUACGGCAACGAAGGAGAAGUUGGCAAGGGUAUCAAGGCGGCCAUCGAGUCUGGGGUUGUCAAGCGAGAGGAACUCUUCGUGACCACCAAGCUCUGGAGCACAUGGCACUACCGUGUGGAACAGGCUCUGGACCAGAGCUUGAAGAAUCUGGGACUCGACUAUGUUGACCUCUACCUGGUCCACUGGCCUGUGGCCAUGAACCCCAACGGAAACCACCCUAACAUUCCCACCCUCCCUGACGGUUCCCGCGACCUGCACCUCAACCACUCCCAUAUCAACACUUGGAAGGAUAUGGAGAAGCUUGUCGGCAGCGGAAAGACCAAGGCCAUCGGUGUCUGCAACUACAGCAGACCCUACCUUGAGGAGCUCCUCGCCCAAGCCACCGUGGUUCCAGCCGUCAACCAGAUUGAGAACCACCCCUGCUUGCCCCAGCAGGAGGCUGUUGACUUCUGCAAGGAGAAGGGCAUUCACAUCACCGCAUACAGCCCUCUCGGCAGCACGGGUAGCCCACUGUUGACGGCAGAGCCCAUCGUCGAGGUUGCCAAGAAGAAGGGUGUUGACCCAGCCACGGUUUUGCUGAGCUGGCACAUCAGCCGUGGCUCCUCCGUCCUUGCCAAGUCCGUGAACCCCUCUCGGAUUGAGGGUAACCGCAACCUGGUGGCACUGGAUGAUGCUGAUAUGGCCACCAUUGCCAAGUACACGAAUGACUUGGCCUCGAAGAACGCCUUCCAGCGUUUUGUCUUCCCUCCUUUCAAGCUCGACUUUGGAUUCCCGGACAAGAUCGGCCGUGUAUAAGCUCCUGGUGAGUGGUCGACGGUCUAGGAUGUUAGCAAUCAAGCCUGUAUAGAAGUAUAGAUGGUCUCGGGAAAUGUAUAGCUCAUAGAGCAGAGAUGUCUGUGCAUUUCUUCCUACUUUACUGUGCAUAAUGAAAAUG